UUGUAACAGGAAUUCUGUUGACAGAAACAUUUUUAUUUUUUCGAGACCUAACGAUAAUUAACACCGCUUUCUGUCCUUGGGGGCUUAACUGACUGCAGCGAGUCCCUGUAAAGUACACACCAGACAGGCAGGGCCAAAGUCAGGGCAUCGUUUGGAGAUUGCAGAAUUAAGUUUGUUUUGGAUUUAAAACACAUAUCAUGGCUGCUUUUCAGUUUUCAUAGCUCCGAGUCCUUAGAACUUCAUCGGUCGCAAUUUUUUUUGUGUUUAGCCGUUACGGUGAUCCUUCUAUUUUGAGGAUAAUUUUUAUUUUAUUGAUUUAUGACAUCAUAUUUUUAUUGAUUUGCGUAACGGGAUAACGCAGAUCCGGAUUACCAGAUAUACUUAAUUUGUAAUGUUAUCGAAUAUCGACUGCCACUUUUGCGCUGGAGGAUUUUAGUUUUUAUGGAAAUUCUCGUUAUCAGAGCUGGGAGAUUAUGGAUCGUGGAAUCCUGAAGAAAAGAUGAAAAUUCUGUUGUAGUUUUGUUAAUGUUUUCAGCGUAGUAGCGUGGAACAGGUUGAACCACUGGAGUGCCAGUUGUGCUGUACAGCCUGUACUCUGUGUGCAGUACUGUAAACUGUAAAGAGCGUUCUUGUUACCUUGUAGUUUUAGUUUCUCAGGUUUUGGAAUUUGAAUAUAGUGGGGCGAUGUAGUCAUUAUGUUUUCAGUGUAAACGCACUGUUUUAUGAUUGGCUUGUGAAUUUUUUAGCUUGCUUUUGGUUUUAAUUUUUGGCAAGUCACUUUGGGAAUUUAAUGGAUCCCGGAUUCGAGCGCCACUCGAAUUUGAUGAUGAUGCACGGGCAAAUGCCGCAGCCCGGAAUGGCUCCGAUGGGGAUGAUGCACAUGGCGCCUCAUCCUCAUGGACCGCAGGGUAUGUCUAUGCCUGACAUGAUGCCUGGGAUGACUGCUGGAAUGCAAGACAGAAAAGUUCUUCACGAGGCACCCAGCGGCCCACCGCCCCCGAAAAAGAAGAAAAAGUCAAGUGCCAAAUCUCAGCAGAACGCAGCUAUUCCGCCGCCCCACGCAAUGUCUGUGGGGAUGAGCAUGCCUGGUCAGAUGGACUCCGGUUUAGCCAUGGCUCGAGAUACAGGCCCGAUAAUGGUGCAAAACCCUUUCGAUGACUUUCCAGAGCAGCGUCAUUCCGUUCCCAUGCAGCAUCCCGGCAACUUCCGCAUGGGCGGCAUGCCACCGGGGCAUCCUGGAAUGCCGCCUCCGCAUGGCCAGCAGAGGAUGCAGUUCGCUUCUCCUCCGCAACCGAUGCCGCCCUAUUCUCAACCGCCUCAUAUGCACCCCCAUGGACCCAACAUCAACGUGCAGCAGCUACAACAUCAGAUGGAAAUGCGCUCCAUUGGUCAGCAAGGGCCACCGAGGAUGGGUCAUCCCGAUGCGGCCGGUAACACUAUAUAUCCGGAAGAUAAAUUUAUGGUCUUCAAUUCUCAGAAUCCCAAUGCUCCGCCCAUCUAUCCCUGUGGACGGUGUCAUAAGGAAGUCCACGAGAAUGAUCAGACGGUGUUUUGCGAAAGCGGAUGCAAUUUUUGGUUCCACCGCGCUUGCACAGGACUUACGGAGGCGGCUAAUAAGUACUUGGCUAUGGAGCAUUAUGCCGAGUGGAUCUGCGAAAAUUGUGUGCAUCGUAAUCCAGGCCCCUUCGUUAAACUGAAGCCAUGAUUUAAGGACAAAGAUCCUCAGCGCCAAGGGUUGUUUGCCAUGACGAAAUGUAUAAAAUCAGCUAUCAUGUUCUGUUUGUGUGUAACAAAUUGGUUGCUUUCCUUGUUCAGUAAUUUAUGUACGACGUUACUGUGUGGUUGUUGUUUUUGCAUAGCACAUUGUGCAUUUUGAAGAAUCAUUUGGCUUCAGUCAUUUUGAUUCAGUAACUUUUAAUUUACAGUUACAGUUUUAAAGAUUCAACUGGUUAGUGGUUCACUUCAAUUCCUCAAAUUAAAAACCAUAAGUACUUCUA